UUUAUACGUAACACAAAAGAAAAGAUUAUUGUCCGUACGAAUGUUUCCAAGCCCUGGUUUGGCAUACGAAUGAAUGCUUAUUGGCUCGCACAGGAGGAGCACGGUACGCUAUAUAACCCAGCAAGAAAAUAUCAUCAGCAAACCGAUCCGACAGAUCAAUCAUCAUUACCUUCGAUACCAGGCCACUGUGCUUCUAAGAUGGAUAAAACUAAAGAUGCCACGACGGUGUCCAUAAGACGUAGAGGCGAUGAACACAGGACUGGAAAAUUCGGCUAUUUUGGUUGCAACCCAUCCUUUCUACAAUGGAUGAAUUGUCCCUGGGUCAUGUUGAUCUUAAUUAUCCUGGGGAUGAUUGCCCAUACUUGUGCUAUAGUCGGCGUUUUGGCGACAGUUUUGCCGCACAUGGAAAAGCGGUUUAAUUUAUCCAGUUUUGAUUCUGGUAUGAUCGCUGCUGCCAAUGAUGUUCCUGCAGUCAUUUUUGGUCUUUUUGUUGCGCACUGGGGCCAUUUUAGUAACAAGGUUCGCUGGAUUGGCGUGGGAGGCAUAAUUACAGCCGUUGGCUUAGUCAUCAAUGCAAUUCCGCAUUUUAUUAUCGGCGAGUACAAGCCGCCACUUCCCCAGAAUAUAUUGUGUGGUCUUCCUCCCGGAUUUGCCCCCCCAAUUACGAACACCACGCCCGUUAAUGGUACGGGAGGCGGUGGUCCACCAACAGCAUGCGACUCCGGAGAUAUUGCUGAGCGGUAUCAUCUUGCACUGAUAUUGAUUGGUCAGUUCAUAGCUGGAGUUGGUUCCAUUCCCCUGUUUGCCUUUCCUCCUGCCUUAUUCAGAGAAACGAUGAAAGAAAAACAUAUGCCAAUGGCAUUGGCAUUCUGGCAGGUGUCUGUGUUUAUUGGACCUAUGAUGGCCUUUGCUUUCUCUGAACCACUCCUAGAGACGUGGGUGGAUAUCACUGAGCCAAAAGGCCUGAAUCUGACCCCGCAAGAUCCACGAUGGAUCAGCGCGUGGUGGAUUGGUUUCCUCGGCCCAGCUGGACUAAGUUUUCUCGUGGGGGUUAUCAACUUGGGUAUGCCUGAGCAUAUCAGCAGCCAGUUGAAUGAUGCUGAAAUCGAAGAAAUCAAAAGAAUUGACGAUAAGGAACGAGAUCUAACGCUGAAAGAAAAAGUGUUGAAGAUUCCAAAAAUCCUCGGAGAGUUAUUGACAAAUUGGACCUUUGUUUUCAAUAGCCUGGCUUUUAAUUCGACGUUGAUGUUUGCCGAAGGACUGGCGCCAUUUAUUGCAAAGAUUUUGAUCCUUCGGUUUGGUGUCAAAAUCCAAGACGUUGGGAAAGUUUUAAAUAUAUCCAUCGUUCCUCCACUUGUUCUUGGUGUUUUGUUCAGCAUAUUUUUGCUCAGAGUUAUCAAAAUCGAGAAUUCGGGGAGAAAGUCCGCAUUGAUUUGUUUUCUGCUUCAUUUCGCUGGAGUUUUUCCACCAAUUGCAACCUUACUAUCUGGUUGCGAUAACGUCAAUUUAGCCGGUUAUUCAGUUGACUAUGGUAUACGGAACAAAAUUGGAAACGAAUUCCAUCUAAAUAAAACAUUCCCAUCCAUUCCCGGUUAUCCACUUGGAUCAACAUGUAACGAGAAUUGCAAAUGUGGCUUGGAGUCCCAAGUUCCUGUUUGUGGAACCGACGGUGUGAGCUAUCUCAAUCCCUGCUUUGCUGGUUGUAAACUCCCAAGUUUCACAGAAAAACUGACUUUUACUAACUGUUCAUGUAUUCCCUCGGACGAUGGCUACGGUGGCAAAGGAAAAAUCGGAUUUUGUGAUGCCAAUUGUAAGAACUGGUUGGCUUUUCUCGCCAUGAUCAGCGUGUUCUCAUUGGCUACCUUUACUCAACUGGCCCCGUCGAAAGUUGUUGUUGUGAGAGCCGUAAAAGCAGAACACUUGUCGUUUGCCUUUGCUUUGCAUUACCUUUCAAACAAAGUCUUGGCUAACAUACCUGGUCCUAUAAUAUUUGGCCAUAUUGUGGACCUCAGUUGUGACAUAUGGCAAAAGGUCUGUGGGAAGACUGGUUUUUGUAUGAUUUAUGAUAUGGAUGAUUUGAUGACACAGUGUGCUAUCAUUGUUGGAACUUUGUGUGGUAUUGGGCUGUUGUGCUAUUUCAUCACAUGGUUGGUAUACAAGGAAGCUGAACCUGUAGCUGUGAAAAGGGAAUUUGAGCUUAACAACCCUGGGUAUCAGAGCGAUAGUAGGGGCGAUGGAGUGAAUGCGCAAAUUUAAUCCGGUAUAUAGUACACAACAAAAUACUAUAUAUCAGUAUUUGCAAUAAAAGGUAGCUUAAAAAUUUAAAGAGUCGUAUGUUAGCAUGCGACAAGGGUUAAGUCAUCUUCUUCUACUUUAUUAAUAAAUUCACACAUCAAUA